CGAUGCUGCGGGGCGGAAGCGGAGCAACGUGGCUGACCAGCAGCAUCCGCGGGUGGGCACGGUGGUACCAGGCGGCUGCGGUUGAGGCCAAGUGGCGCACACGCUGGGCUGCGGCGGCGGCCAAGGACGGCGCGAGGAUGGACACGCUGGGCGCCGCCCGGUUUGAGAGCGGCGGCGGGGCUGACAUGGCGGCUGCGGCCGGGCCUAACGACGGUGCCAGGAAGGGCUCGGGCGAGAAGGCGUAUGUGCUGUCGAUGUUUCCUUAUCCGUCGGGCGAGCUGCACAUGGGCCAUGUCCGUGUCUACACCAUGUCGGAUGUGCUGGCGAGAUACGCGGCGGCGCGCGGGCGCAAGCUGCUGCAUCCGAUGGGAUGGGACGCGUUUGGCCUACCGGCGGAGAACGCGGCUCUACAGCGCGGUGCGCAUCCGGGUGAGUGGACAAAGCGCAACAUUGCGUCGAUGCGCGAGCAGAUGGAUGCGCUCGGGCUCGGAUUCCAGUGGGAGACGUCGGACAUGCACAAGGCCGGCCUGGCGUACAUGGAUGAGGCGCCGGUCAACUGGGAUCCGGUCGACGGGACAGUUCUUGCCAACGAGCAGGUAGACGCCGAGGGCCGGUCGUGGCGGUCGGGCGCGCUGGUGGAGAAGCGGCAUCUGCGGCAGUGGUUUGUGGCCAUCACAAAGUACGCACAGCCUCUGCUUGACGGCCUUGAUGCCCUCGAGUGGCCAGCGCAAGUCAAGCACAUGCAAGCCAACUGGAUCGGCCGCUCCGAGGGAUACCUCAUUCCGUUUGGCGACGGGCUUGAGGCCUUUACCACCCGACCAGAGACGCUGCCUGCGGUCGAGUUUGUCGCUGUUGCCCCAGGCUCACCGCUUGCCGACUGCGAGGCGCGGCACCCACUGACGGGACAGCGCCUCCCGGUCUACGAGGCCGAGUACGUACUUGAUGGCUACGGGACCGGAGCAGUGAUGGGCGUGCCACUGGCGGACGAGCGCGACGCGGCGUUUGCAGCGUCGCUGCCGUCCGGCGGCUCGGCCCUUGCUGCUCGCGGCGUGUCGCUGGACGACAUUGCGCUCGAUCCGUGUCCGAACGCUCUAGCUGCUGAGCUGCGUAAGCUCGGCGCACGGCCGCACGUCCAGUUUCGACUUCGCGACUGGCUAGUCUCACGUCAGCGGCGGUGGGUACGCCGAUUCCGAUGA